GGGCCGGGGGAGGUGCUCGGCGGCUGCGGCGGCGCGGAGCAGAGCGGCGGCAGCAGGUCUGGGGACAUGGCCUUCAUCACAUGCCUGCUGCGGGUCCUGCUCUGCCUCUGGCUGCUGGCCCAGGUGGCCCUGGCCGCCCGGGUACGCACCCGCCGGGAGCUGGCACCUGGCUUGUACGAGCACGGAGUCUACGACGCGGGCGGCUCCUACUGCCAGCGGGGGGACGUCUGCUGCCACGGCCGGGACGAUGCCUGCACCGUGCCCUACCACGACACCCUCUGCUACUGCGACCUCUUCUGCAACCGCACCGUCUCCGACUGCUGCCCUGACUUCUGGGAGUACUGCCUGGGCAUCCCUGCCCCCUUCCCCAAAGCCGCAGGCUGUGCCCGUGCUGGCCGCACCUACCCCACCGGAGCCACCUACCAGGAGAACUGCAACCUGUGCACCUGUGGCCCCGGUGGGCAGUGGCAAUGUGAGGACCAUGCCUGCUUGAUGGAUGGGGACCUGAUCGAUGCUAUCAACAGGGGCAACUACGGCUGGAGGGCUGCCAACUACAGCCAGUUUUGGGGCAUGACGCUGGAGGAUGGCAUCCGGUACCGCCUGGGCACCUUCCGCCCCUCUCCCACUGUCAUGAACAUGAACGAGCUGCAGAUGAACAUGGACUCCAACGAGGUCCUGCCUCGCCACUUCGAUGCAGCUGCAAAGUGGCCUGGCAUGAUCCAUGAGCCCCUGGACCAGGGCAACUGUGCUGGCUCCUGGGCAUUCUCCACAGCUGCUGUCGCCUCGGAUCGCAUCUCCAUCCACUCCAUGGGCCACAUGACACCUGCCCUGUCACCCCAAAACCUCCUCUCCUGUGACACCCGCAACCAGCGGGGCUGCAGCGGGGGGCGGCUGGAUGGUGCCUGGUGGUACCUCCGCAGGCGAGGGGUGGUGACAGACGAGUGCUACCCCUUCACCAGCCAGGAGAGCCAGCCGGCGGCACAGCCCUGCAUGAUGCACAGCCGCUCCACGGGCAGGGGCAAGCGCCAGGCCACCGCCCGCUGCCCCAACCCCCAGACCCACGCCAACGACAUCUACCAGUCCACUCCUGCCUACCGCCUCUCCUCCAGCGAGAAGGAGAUCAUGAAGGAGCUGCUGGAGAAUGGUCCUGUGCAAGCCAUCCUGGAGGUGCAUGAGGAUUUCUUCAUGUACAAGAGUGGGAUCUACCGGCACACGCCGGUGGCUGAGGGGAAGGGACCAAAGCACCAGAGACACGGGACCCACUCGGUCAAAAUCACUGGGUGGGGUGAGGAGCAGCUGCCCGACGGCCAGACCCAGAAGUACUGGACGGCUGCCAACUCGUGGGGCACAGCGUGGGGCGAGGGGGGGCACUUCCGCAUCGCCAGGGGCAUCAACGAGUGCGAGGUGGAGACCUUCGUGGUGGGCGUCUGGGGCCGUGUCAGCGUGGAGGACAUGCCCCACAAGUGACCCCCUCGCUGCCCACGGCCCUCUCCCACUCUGCCCCCUCCCCGCCCCCAGCCCCACCGAUGUCCUUCUCCUGCCCAGCGACCGCAGCCUCUCCCUCCCCUCCUUUGGGGGGGAGGCUGGGGGGUGUGUGUCACCCGUGGGGGGUGGGGGUGGGGGUGAGACGCCCCCUCCCCGCCCCCGUGCAGCUCCGUGCCGUCGGGCAGGGGGAUGGGACUGCCCCCCGGGUGCCCGCGGCUGGGGGCUGUGUGCCCCCCACCCUGCUGACGUGGCGGCUGGGUGCAGUGGUGCGUGCGGGUGGGGGGGAGGUGCCGCGGGGGCUGGUCCCGCAUCCCAUGGGAUUUAGCCGCUAAUCCCCCUUUGCUCCAGGCUUGGCUGGCUUCUGGUGGCAGCUGGGGGGGCUCUUCGAAGGUAGCCACCUCCCCCCCUCCCCCCCACCACAUAGAACUGGUGGUGGUGGCUUCACCAUCCUCAUCUCGCCACCCAGUACCAGGGGGCACUGGGCUGGGGAAGAGCUGCAGUGCCAGGGCUCAUCCACCCCCAUAUCUGCCCACCCUCACCCCCCCUCAUUUUGUCUUGCUCUGGAGUUGAGGGGGUUAAAAUAACCCAGCAGUGCCUGGGGGGGGAGGAGGAAGAGGAGGGAGGGAGGGAGGGGAGAAGUUCACCGAUGUCGCCGAGCCUGAAGAAGCCCCAAGUCUGAAUGCUGUAGGCUGAGAAUGGGGCUGGGGUCCUCACACCCCCCCCCCCCCCGCCCCUUGCCCGUCCCUAUGGUGCUAUGGGUCCUGCCACCCCAAUUCUGGGGCCUUUGGGGGACAGGGAAAGGCUCAGUCCCACACAGUGUCCCUGUCCUGGUGGGGCCACAACUGGGGACCAGGCAGCAGCACAGCUCUCUCCACUGCUCCUUUCCUUCCCCCCCCCCCCCUCCAACCCCCUCCCCGGGGCUCUACUUUUAAGACCUGUUAAUUUUUUGGGGGGUUUUGGUAUUUAUUUUGCUUUUUAUUAUUUGUAAAUAAACUUUUGGAAGCCUCA